AUGAACGAUGAUCGGUUUCUAACGCAUAGUAAAGACAAUUGGUACUGGAUAACUAAUAAGGAGAAAACGUUUACGGUUGCGAAUGUGAAGAGAUGGCUAGAUAGUGGGGUCGCUCGAGAUAAUUGGUACAAGAUGGAGUGGUGUAAGUGGGUGCCAAACAAGUGUAACAUUUUUUGGUGGCGUGUUGAGAUGGAUAGAAUUCCGACUAAAAGUGCUUUAAUGAGAAGAAACAUUCAGGUGGGUAGUGAGAUUUGUGUUUUUUGUGAAGAUAUGGAAGAGAUAACGGAGCAUCUUUUUACGGUUUGCGCUUUAACUUCGGGAGUUUGGCAAGGUAUCGCGGAGUGGUGUAAUGUUCCUAGUAUUUUUGCUUUUGAUAUACACGACCUGAUCGAGCUAUACAAGAGGAUUCCUGGAUCAGAUUUGAAGAGAAAGGUUUUUCAAGGUAUAGUUAUUAUCACAUGUUGGCGGAUAUGGAAGGCUCGGAACGAAAAGGUUUUUUCUAAUACAUCAACAACGGUAGUUUCUAUCGUGAUGGACGUCAAAGCUUUAGGAUUUCUGUGGUUUAGAAUCAGAUCCAAUGAUGUGUUGGUAGAUUGGAAGAAAUAG